UAUUUAAUAUUUUCUCUUUCUAUUUGUACAAAAGAAAUAUGCGAACUUUUAUUUGAAAUCCAAACUCAUUGCACUGGAUUGAUCCAAAUUUACAGUAAAGUAAUAUUUCUAAUCGUGAUUUCUUGUUAAAAUCAGAGAUUGAAUUUCUAAACCUUGAUUAAGAUCCACGAAGAAAAGCAUCAGUUCUUAUUUCAGAUCUGCAUCUAUGUUGUACGAUGAAAGGUCAAACUGAAGUUGAAUCAAACUCACAAACUGCCAAACCUUAGGGAAGAGUUAAUCACAGUUCCAGCCACCAUACUUGAAAACUGAUGGCUGAAAUGAAGAAGAAAGCAGGGUUGAUCUUCUUUACCAUACCGGGGAUUGGCCACUUAGGUUCAUCUCUCGAAUUAGCACAACUUUUGAUCAACCGUCAUAACCAUCUUUCAAUCACAAUGAUCUGCAUGAAGCUCCCUCAUGCUCCCUAUUCCGAUGCAUACAUCAGAUCAAUUACAGCUUCACAACCACAAAUCCAAGCCAUUGAUCUCCCCCACGUAGAACCCCCUCCACAGGAACUACUAAAUAGAUCAAUACCACACUACAUAUGGACCCUCUUGCAGAUCCUCAAACCCCAGGUCAAAGCCACCGUACAAAACAUUUUAUCAUCAUCUCAGUCAAAUCCCGUCAUUGGGUUGGUCAUAGAUGUUUUCUGUUCACCGAUGAUUGAUGUGGGAAACGACCUGGGCAUCCCUUCUUAUUUGUUCAUGCCCUCAAAUGUUGGGUUUUUGAGUCUCAUGCUUUCCCUUCAGAAACGUCAAGUUGGUGAUGUGUUCUGUGAUUCUGAUUCAAAAUGGUUGAUUCCGGGUUUCCCUGAUCCAUUUCCUUCUAGUGUUAUGCCUGAUGCUGUUUUUAGCAAAGAGGGUGGAUAUGCUGCUUAUUAUAAUCUUGCUAAGAGGUUCCAGGACUCCAAAGGUAUCAUUGUUAAUACUUUUCAAGAGUUGGAGCAGUAUGCUAUUAAUGCAUUAUGUAACGGUCAAAUUCAAACACCUUCUAUCUAUGCUGUUGGUCCACUGAUUAAUCUCAAGGGUCAUCCUAACCCAAAUUUGGAUCAUGCACAACAUGACAGAAUAUUGAAAUGGCUAGAUGAGCAACCUGAUUCUUCAGUAGUUUUUCUUUGUUUUGGAAGUAGAGGAAGUUUUGAUCCACCUCAAACAAGAGAAAUAGCACAAGCACUUCAGCGUACUGGAGUUAGGUUCUUGUGGACUAAGCGUUCUCCACCAACAACAACAAAAAAGGAAGAGAGAACGUUACCAGAAGGGUUUUUAGAGUGGACAGAAGGUAGGGGAAUGCUAUGUGAUUGGGCACCACAAGUGGAGGUUCUGGCCCACAAAGCCAUUGGGGGGUUUGUGUCUCAUUGUGGAUGGAACUCUAUUUUAGAAAGCUUGUGGUUUGGAGUACCAAUAUUGACAUGGCCUAUUUAUGCAGAGCAGCAGCUGAAUGCUUUUAGGAUGGUGAGGGAAUUUAGAUUGGCAGUGGAGCUGAGACUGGACUAUAGAAGGGGUAGUGAUCUUGUAAUGGCGGAGGAGAUUGAGAAUGGGCUGAAACAGUUAAUGGAUAGAGAUAAUAUGGUACACAAGAAGGUGAAAGAAAUGCAAGAGGUGGCUAGGAAAGUUGUACUCAGUGGUGGGUCUUCUUUCAGCUCUGUUGAGAAACUCAUUGAUGUCAUGACAUUGAAUUUCAUGGUGGGGUUGCCUAGCCACUUUGAUGAAUCAAUUAAUGAAAAAGCCUAACUAUGUAGUGCAAGCAAUUGAUUGCAAAAGGAAGGUGAUACGUCAGUGUCAGAAGGUUUCUUAUUAUCAAAGGAAUAGGGGAAUGCCAUUGGCAUAGCUUUGAGAUUGUUUCUGGAUUCAGACCUCAUGAUCAACCAGUACUUAAGGCAUAAAAUUACAGCAAAAUAAGGAUUUUCCGUCUUCAAAAUUUUUGGAGAACGUAAGUUGGAAAGUGAAAUUGCUGCAGGUGUAUCAUAGAUGUUGGUCUGCAAUUUGAUGUUAUGACAGGAAACAAUUGAUGACAGUUGUUGAAUUUCAUAGAUGAGGUUUCCUGCUUUCUUUGAGUCAAUUGAUUGCACAAGGAAGGUGAUCAUUUUAACUAGACAACGUUUGGUGAAUAGAAACUGAUGAAACCAAUGUAUUCAUGUGUAAGGGUUGUAAUUGUAGUAAUGCUAUUUGCUGGCAUUUGAACUAAGGAAAGAAAUUGAAUGAUCUCAGUCUUGUUUAGAACUUGCUUGUAAGAUCCUCAAAAGAAGUUAAUUUUAUAAAGUGAUAUUACUCUUC